UCGCACGACGCCACGCCGCUGGCCCAGGCCCGCAGCCGCGCAUCGUCCAACCUGUUCUCCAAACUCACCUCCAAGCUCACCAGGAGAGCGCCGUCGGAGGCGGAGAGGAACGGCAGACUGGAGGGGUCCAGCCGCGCCGUCACGUCCGACCAGAGGGAGGAGCCGCCGUCCCCCGCCGCGCCGCACUCCAAGGACGCCAAGCCGCGCUCACUGAGGUUCACCUGGAGCAUGAAGACCACGUCGUCCAUGGAGCCGGCGGACAUGAUGCGCGAGAUCAGGAAGGUCCUGGACGCCAACAACUGCGACUAUGAGCAGCGCGAGGCCUUCCUGCUGCUCUGCGUCCACGGCGACGGGCACGCCGACAGCCUCGUCCAAUGGGAGAUGGAGGUCUGCAAGCUGCCCCGCCUCUCACUCAACGGCGUCCGCUUCAAACGCAUUUCAGGAACGUCCAUCGCUUUCAAGAACAUCGCCUCCAAAAUCGCCAACGAGCUCAAACUAUAGAGGGGCUGAGAGGACUGGGAGGAACAGGGCCACGUAGGGACAGGAGGAAACAGGAAGUGGUUCAUGUGGACAGACGGGGAGAGGAAGCGAUGAACAGAAGGAAGUGACCCGACUGCCAUCUUCCUGUUUCUCCCAGCAGGAUGACUCUGAGCUGUCUGCUGAUUGGUUCCGGCUCGACGCUGUAGGCGGGGACGAGCGGACUUUGCUGCACAGCAUUCUGGGACUCUGAGUCCGGCUGUUAGCGUUUCCUCUUCAGAGAGUCUCUCUGUGUUUUUGUGAAUGUAAAUAGUUUCUCACCUUGUUGAUUUUGUACAUGUGAGCAGUCAGCUGAUCCGACUGCAGCUCAGGCUCACCUGUGUCUCAUUAAACACGUUGAACGCAUC